CUCUGCCCAUUUGACCGUAUCGGAGUCGUGAAUAGAACGUAUGGCUCUCUGAGUGAAAUGUGAAAGACCAUAUCGCAAAAAUGGUCUGGUCAAAAUGUAAAUGGAAGUUUCUCUUGUUGUUGCAUUUCGCAUUUUUCAAUGUGUUUGAGUGUCUACCAAUCAGCGUGAAAACUAUGGACGCUAAUGAAAUUAUUUCAAAAGACGUUAGUGAAAUUAUACCAAAAUUGAAUGAAGAAAAAGUGGCCAUCGAAAAUGUUCAAGGAAAUCACAAUUUUACUGUACCUUUGAAUGCAACAAGAAGUUCAAUAAGACAAGAUUUAAGACCUGGCCAAAUGGUUAGGCAGUAUGCCGUUGAAUUAACUGUGAAUGGCGAUUCGUUUAGUGGCAGAGUUGUGAUGAAUGUCGAACUUGUAACAGCUACUCGUGAAGAUCCCAUUUUACUUCAUUGUGAUGGUCUAAAUAUUGAGAAUGUAUUAGCUGAUGGUAUUAAUAGUGCAGAUCCUGACUCUGCUGAGUUUUCGGUUGAUGACGGAAUUUUGGAAAUUGUUCCAGCUCGUGUUUUUUCGUCUUAUACUGUUAUUAUUGAAUACUCAGGGUCAUUAGGCGACGCUGGCGUUGGUUUUUUCUUAGGAGAAUAUCCGGGAAAUACAUAUGUUGCGAUGAACUUAUACCCGACGAACGCGAGAAGAGUGUUCCCGUGUAUGGACGAGCCAACAGAAGCAUCUGUUAUAUCUUUCACAUUCAAUAAUCUGAACUACAACCACUUGAUUUCCAACUCCAUGCUAGAAGAGAACAGUCAAAAUCAGUUCCGUGCUUUGCAAGGCCCGCCUCAAGUUUGGGGUAUGGUCGCUCACAAUUUCGAAAGUGUGCUCAUCCCGACUCCAGGAGUUCAAGUUUACGGUCGUGUAGGGCUCACCAAUCAAGACGCUCAGGCAGUAGCCAUAAACUUCUUCUUCAACACCCUCAACGCUUGGACUAAUAAAGAGUAUUCAGAUAUUGACGAUAACCAAGACGGAAGAAUGGUUAUAUUGGCACUACCCGAUGUGGAUAUUGAGUGGAGUGCUCUGUCUACUGUUGCUAUUUGGGAGCCUUAUGUCAUUAUGGCAACCCAGCAAUCAGUAAAGCAAAGAUCCACGGCUUUGGUGAAGGUGGCGGAGGCGAUGGCGAGACAAUGGUUCGGCUAUGUGAUAUACCCAGAAAAUUGGAAGCACGAGUGGGUUGUGUCUGGAUUGGGAUCAUAUGCGGCGUGGGAGAUCUUAAGAGAAUUUCAAGAACCAACCGGAGGAGCCACGGAUAUAUCUCUAUUAGAUAUCAACACAUUAUUUGUAACUGAAAUAAUCCAAGAAAGUCUAUUGAGAGACGCGUCUUUGAGCUCCAGAAUCUUAGAGCCAAAUAAUGAUAUAUUUGAUGUAAAUGAAAUAAGAGAUCACAGAAAGAGUAUAGAGUUCAAAUCAGUGGCCCUUAUGAGGAUGUUAAGAUUAUUGUUGGGAGACGAAGAACAAGAUUUCAUGCAAGUUGCAGCUCAGAACUUGCUCAAUUCCAGGUCACUGCAAACUGUAAACUCAAUCAACUUCUAUGAUGCGAUCAAUAGCGAAUUCGGAGGAAAUGAUUUCAUUGAGGAUAUAGAGGAGUACAUGGAACAAUGGCUUAAAAAUACCGGCUAUCCCAGUAUCUUCGUCAGUCUUAGGUCUGGAGGUCUUGUUUUGACUCAGGAGCGGUUCUCAUUCAGUUCAUUACCACAAAUGGGCUUCGAAAUACCCAUAAGUUACACUACGAGUAUGGAUCCUGACUUCGACAACAUAUAUCCCGAGUCAAUGACAGACGGCACAUUGAUGCUGGACCGGGUUUUGGGUGACGAUGACUGGAUACUCUUCAACAUACAGGGACAAGGUUACUACCGUGUGAACUACGCUGACGAUCUAUGGGAGAGAAUCAUUGAGGCGCUUAACGACCCCGACCAAAGAGAAGUCAUCCAUCCGUUGAACCGUGGCACUCUUGUAGAUGACGCAUUGAACCUGGCACGAGCGAACAGAGUGGGUUACGAUAUAGCAUUCACGGUGGUGCUGGCCAUGGAGCAUGAGAAAGAGUACGCACCUUGGAAAGCCUUCGUGAGGAACAUGGACUUUUUGAGGAAACGACUGGUGGCUCUGGUAACAGAGGACGAAGAUCUGGAUCCUGAUAUUUAUCUGCGAAUGGUCCGAAGAACAAUUGGGAGUAUUGAAAACGAACUCGGGUUUUAUCCUGAUCCGUUGCUAUCGGAACCAGCAAUGGAUUCUCUCACUAGAGGUCUUGUAAUGGACCACGCGUGUCGUGCCAACUACCAGCCAUGUAUAGCGGCCGCUGUUGAUUGGUUUUACGCUUCUGGUACUGACGAACCUACAGUAAAUCCCGAUAUCCCACAAGACCUAAGACCAGCAGUCUACUGCACCAUGGUCAGGGAGGGAGACAAUACUGUCAUUGAAGCCCUGGAGAGGAGAAUGGAGAUUGAGCCGACGCAGUACGAACGCAUUGUAAUUAUGGAGUCUUUGGGCUGUUCACGCGAUAUGGACUAUAUCAAUGUGCUCUUAGAAACCACAAUAGCUGACAACAGCCCGUAUUUGGUUGAAGAGAGAUUCAGAAUCUUGUCGUCAGUAAUAGAGAGCAGUUAUGAAAAUGCUUUGGUUGCUCUCAACUUUAUGUCGAGACGUACUAACGAAAUAAGAAACAUGUACGGCGGUCCGGGAAAAUUGGAAGAACUAAUAUUUUUACUAGCUGCGAAUAUGGCUAACGAUGUCCUCGCGACAGAAUUCAACAACUGGAGAAGCGACAGGAACAAUAAUUUGGACGACUCACAAGAUGCAGCCGACAGGGCUUAUGAGAUAAUUGUGCAGAAUCUGGAAUGGGACGAACUUCAUAUGGAUUUCGUCUACGAGUGGAUAGAUGAAAAUGACGCCCCCACAUUAGUCGUUUCACUGUUAUUGCUUUGUGUAACGACUUUUAUGACUUUGUUUAACCAAUAGUUAUAUUCAUUGAUAUAAGUUAUUAUUGGUAAGUAUUGCUAUAGAAACAUAAAUAAUAAUUCAUUUAGAUAACCAAACAUAUUUUGAUGUUUUUUAUGAAUAUUAAAUUUGAAACAAACGCGUCCUCUUGUUUCAAAUUUAAUAAAAUUAAUAACUAUAAAGAAAAAAAAUUAUAAUAGCGCAAUGUUAAAUACAUUAGAUAAUUAGAUAAUGAAGUAUAAAUUUUAAUUAUUUUUUAUGUACAACGAGAGAAAUUUAGUUUUAUCUUUAGAGCUAGUAUUUUAUAUACAUUAAUGAUGUGUUUAUUAUUUAAAUUAAAAAUGAAUUGCUAGAUACUAAGAAUUUGUUACAAUAGGUAAAAUAUUAAUUAUUUAGAAAUAUUCUAUUGUAUUUUUGUGUACCAAUGAAACUCAUUACUAUCAUUUCCGAUAAUAAUUUCAGUUUCAUAAUAAGUUAUUUGUAAAUUGAAAUAUAAUAUUUUGGCAUGUUCACAGUAAGUUUAAGAUAAUUAAAUUUAAAAUGUGAAUUAUGUGUAACUAUGAAAAUGUUUUAAAUUUGUUGUAUAUUAAAUGUAUGUGAGAAAGUAAAAAUGUAUUAUAUAAAUUGCACAAAGUGAAAAUAUAUAAUCGCUAUUAAUAAGUUUACCUAUAUUCAUAGUUGUUAAAUAUAUUUAAUUUCUAAUUAUUAAUUAUUUUAUCCAAAUACUACGUAGAUAUAAAAUGUAAAUGUAAGUAUGAUAAUAUGUCCGUCAUUAUCGAAUAAAUUGCACAAAGUUAUCAUAAUUAUUGUACUAUUUAUUAAGUAGUAAUUUUACUUUUAUUAAUUUAUAUAAAAAAAUAUUUUAGUGAGCUAAAUAAGCCUUAAAUAUUUUUAAGUAAGAUAACAACCUUUAUGUUACUAUAAUUUAAAUAGUCCUAAGAUUUAAGUUUAAGGUUUUUUUUACUGCAUUUUCACUCAUAGUUUUUGUAAGGCUAGGAAAAAUUUGAAGCAAACGCGUCCUCUUGCUUAAUUUUUUUUUAAUUAAAUUUAUUCAGAAUUGAUUUGUAAGUAUUAAUAAUGUGUUAUAUUACAUAAUGAUAAGUUUAACGUACGCUAUGCAAAUGUAAAAAAGUCUUAAAAUAAAUUUAAGAACAUAAAA